UUGGCUGGCGGUGAGCUUCCUUGGGGACUCGGCCACUCCGAGGGCGCCACACAGGCCACUCUAGCCGCCGUCCCGGGGUUUGGCCGCGCUCUUUCGGCUGCGGGCUCUAUGGUGUUGGCGACGACAUGUGGCGGCUCCCGGGACUCCUGGGCCGAGCUCUUCCCCGUCUGCUGGGACCUGGCCUCCGUGGGGUGACCUCCAAGUCCACCAGCCCAGAUGGGCCUCAGGCUACCUCCUCCAACGUGCUGGUCCCUGUGCCCAGUUUCAACAGGUCUGGCCACCAUGGCCCAGGCACAAGCAAGGGCCCAAGGUCCCAUGGAUGGAAGGAUGCCUUCCAGUGGAUGUCUGCCCGUGACUACCGGAACACAUUGUGGGAUGCCAUAUCAUGGGGCACCCUGGCCGUGCUGGCCCUGCAGCUAGCAAGGCAGAUCCACUUCCAGGCGUCCCUGCCAGCAGGACCUCGGCGAGCGGAGCACUGCUUUUGGCACAGUCCUCUGGACCGUUUCCUGUCAUCUCCCUUGAGACACCCGUGCUCCACACUGCGGAGACACAUUCUGCCCAGCCCUGAUAGCCCGGCUCCCAGGCACACUGGCCUCAGGGAACUCAGGCUCGGCCAGGAAGAACCCUCCACUCGGCCCGAGAGCCUCUCCUCACCCAGCUCCUUGAGAGCAACUGGUCUUCAGGGUGCCUCUGAGGAAGAUCCCCAUGACGCCAGCUUCCUGCAUGCCAGCAGUAGCUUCAAGUCCAAGGCGAAGCCAGCCCAGCCUCAGCCCACUGGCGAAAAGCAGGAACAAGAUAAAUCAAAAAGUCUUUCCCUCGAGGAGGCCAUGACUUCCAUUCAGCAGCUCUUCCAGCUCAGUGUUUCCAUUGCUUUCAACUUCCUGGGGACAGAGAACAUGAGGGAUGGAGACUACAUGGCAGCCUUCUCUUACUUCCAGAAAGCAGCAGACCGUGGCUACAGCAAAGCGCAGUACAAUGUGGGCUUGUGUCACGAGCACGGCAGAGGCACCCCCAGGGACCUUGGCAAGGCAGCCUUUUAUUACCAGCUGGCUGCCAGCCAGGGCCACAGCCUGGCUCAGUACCGCUAUGCCAGGUGCCUGCUGCAAGAUCCAGCCUCCUCGUGGGAUCCUGAGCAGCAGAGGGCAGUGUCCAUGCUGAAGCAUGCUGCAGACUCAGGCUUGAGAGAGGCCCAAGCUUUCCUCGGGGUGCUCUUCACCAAGGAGGCAUACCUGGACGAGCAGAGAGCCGUGAAAUAUCUUUGGCUUGCAGCCAACAAUGGGGGUUGUUGUGAGGAUCAAAAUCUAACUGAGAUAACAAGUGUGAAAGUGCUUUGUAAAGUGUACACGUGGAAGGUGCAUCAUCACAUGUGGCUUAGUCCAGGGAAGUCAGAAGACAUGUGAGGUGAAGACAUUGAGCAGUUUGGGGGGUAGAGGAUGUCUGGUUGUCUAUCACCUAGGGGUUGGCAUCCAGGCAGCAUGGAGUUUGUUCCACAGAGCAUUAGCUCCAUGGAACGUUUAUAAAUAAUACGAGGGAAAAAUGGUCAGAUGCGUUUGGGAAAUACUUUGUUAAACAGGUAUCUUUAAUGCAGGAAAUCUCAGAGCUUUAUGUCUCUGUGAAUUACUGAAAAGGCAUCUGUGGGUUUGCUGUAUCCUUAAGUGUCUUUGACUAGUAUAUUUUCUGAGUUGUACCUUGAAGGACCAUUAGCUCUGGGUUAAAGGUAGCAGUGGCCACGUACUAGAAUUUUCCCGCGUAAGGGCUGCUGUUUCUCUUUACUUCCUGGCCAACACAGUGAUAGCGUCAUUGAACUCUUGGGCAUCAGAAUACUUCUCCUUUUUCACUCUGUGUUGUCCAAAGUAUCUGCAGUAGCCGUCAAAAGGGGACCAAUGUCAUUGAACAGUACCUGCCUCUGUGCCUGUCUUUCUGUGAAGAGCCCCAGGGUCUUUCUUGGGCUCAGUGGGUUGUGUGACCAUGUGUGGGACAAGCCUGGGGGCACUCUGGCUGGCAUUAGUCACCCAGCGCGCCAGGAGAAGUGCACAAAGGGAUGUUGUGUAACACAUACGUAACAGCAUGGGUGUUUUGGCCUGUGUCCUAAGCUGGCUUGUAGCCAUGAGACUACCGUAUUUAUUACAUAGACUUUGACCUUCAUGUUACAGAAACUCUUUAGAGAGUAGAAGAGAAAUAGAACCAUGGUUGGGAGAUUGAAUAUAAUGAAAAUAUUCAUUACAGAGAGGGAGAGAUGAAUGAUGUGGGCAACUAAAGGUGUGAAAAUAAUAACACUAAUCUAAGCAUUUUCCACAUAUUGACACAUUUAAUCCUCACGACAGGGUAAUAAGGUAGGUGCUAUUAUUAUGCCUACU